GGGCGUGGCCUGAUUUAUUAGGUGGCUGUGUAGGGUUUACUAUCCCAGGGAGUCUCAGGUCCUGGAGUGGGGGGCUGGGGGUCGCCGACCGGCACCCCACGGUCGACUAGGGAGAUGGCAGCGCGCUGGAGCAGCGAGAACGUGGUGGUGGAAUUUCGGGACUCUCAGGCAACUGCCAUGUCUGUGGACUGUCUGGGGCAGCAUGCAGUGCUUUCUGGCCGGAGAUUCCUGUACAUCGUCAAUCUAGACGCCCCCUUUGAAGGUCACCGGAAGAUCUCCCGCCAGAGCAAAUGGGACAUUGGAGCUGUGCAGUGGAACCCUCACGACAGCUUCGCACACUAUUUUGCAGCUUCGAGUAAUCAACGGGUUGACCUUUAUAAGUGGAAAGAUGGCAGCGGGGAAGUUGGCACAACCUUACAAGGCCACACUCGAGUUAUCAGCGACUUGGACUGGGCAGUGUUUGAGCCGGAUCUCCUGGUCACCAGCUCUGUGGACACCUACAUCUACAUCUGGGAUAUCAAAGACACAAGGAAGCCUACUGUUGCGCUGUCGGCUGUAGCUGGUGCCUCCCAGGUCAAAUGGAAUAAAAAAAACGCUAACUACCUUGCCACUAGCCAUGAUGGUGACGUACGGAUAUGGGAUAAGCGGAAACCCAGCACAGCAGUGGAAUAUCUCGCAGCCCACCUCUCCAAAAUCCACGGCCUGGACUGGCACCCAGACAGUGAGCAUAUUCUUGCCACCUCCAGUCAAGAUAACUCUGUCAAGUUCUGGGAUUACCGCCAGCCUCGGAAAUACCUCAGCAUUCUCCCUUGCCAGGUGCCUGUCUGGAAAGCCAGAUACACACCUUUCAGCAACGGCUUAGUGACUGUGAUGGUCCCUCAGCUGCGGAGGGAAAACAGCCUGCUCCUGUGGAACGUGUUUGACUUGAACACUCCCGUUCACACCUUUGUGGGCCAUGACGACGUGGUCCUGGAGUUCCAGUGGAGGAGACAGAAGGAAGGGUCCAAGGACUACCAGCUGGUCACAUGGUCCCGGGAUCAGACGUUGAGAAUGUGGCGAGUGGAUUACCAAAUGCAAAGGCUCUGUGCCAAUGACAUACUGGAUGGUGUUGAUGAGUUCAUCGAGAGCAUUUCUCUUCUCCCGGAACCAGAGAAGACCCUACACACUCAAGACACAGAUCACCAGCCCAACUCAAGCCAUGGAGAGGAAGAUGCCAUAAGGGAGGAUCCUCCCAGCAGUUUGCUGGAAGAGAGGAAAUCAGAUCAGCUAGGCCUGCCUCAGACUCUUCAGCAGGAGUUCUCCUUGAUCAACGUGCAAAUCCGGAAUGUCAAUGUGGAGAUGGACGCUGCAGACCGGAGCUGCACUGUGUCUGUGCACUGUAGCAACCACCGAGUCAAGAUGCUGGUGACCUUUCCAGCACAGUACCCCAACAACGCUGCUCCCUCUUUCCAGUUCAUUAACCCUACCACUAUCACGUCUGCUGUGAAGGCCAAGCUGCUGAAGAUCCUAAAGGACACCUCGCUGCAGAAAGUGAAACGCAACCAGAGCUGCUUGGAGCCCUGCCUGCGCCAGCUCGUCUCGUGCCUUGAGUCUUUCGUGAACCAAGAGGACAGCGCUUCCAGCAACCCAUUUGCACUCCCAAACUCUGUCACGCCACCCUUACCGACAUUUGCACGGGUGACCACUGCCUACGGCUCCUACCAGGAUGCCAAUGUUCCCUUUCCUAGGACCUCUGGGGCCAGAUUCUGUGGAGCAGGUUACCUGGUGUACUUCACAAGGCCCAUGACGAUGCAUCGAGCGGUGUCUCCAGCAGAGCCUACUCCUAGGUCUCUCUCAGCCCUAUCUGCUUACCAUACUGGCUUGAUCGCACCAAUGAAGAUCCGUACCGAGGCACCUGGGAACCUGCGUUUGUACAGCGGCAGCCCAACUCGCAGCGAGAAAGAGCAGGUCUCCAUCAGCUCCUUCUACUACAAGGAACGGAUGUCUCCUCGCUCUGCCCGGCGACGUUGGUCCAUACAAGCAAUUAACGACUUCCCGAAAUCAAGGAGGUGGAAGAGUAAGCGGGAAGGCCCAGACUCUGGCAAUCGACCCAUUAAGGCUGCUGGCAAGGUCAUCAUCCAGGAUGUCUCCUGCCUCCUUCCUGUUCAUAAGGCCCUGGGAGAGCUGUACAUAUUGAAUGUGAACGAUACCCAGGAGACGUGUCAGAAGAAUGCCACCUCUGCCAUGCUUGUUGGGAGGAAGGACCUUGUCCAGGUUUGGUCGCUUGCUACAGUAGCUACAGAUCUUUGCCUUGGUCCGAAGUCUGACCCAGAUUUGGAAACACCUUGGGCUCGACAUCCAUUUGGGCGACAGCUGCUGGAGUCCCUACUGGCUCACUAUUGCCAACUCCGAGAUGUGCAGACCCUGGCUAUGCUGUGCAGCGUGUUUGAAGCCCAGUCCCGGCCUCAGGGGCUCCCAAACCCCUUUGGGCCUUUCCCUAAUCGAUCUUCUAAUCUCGUGGUAUCCCACAGUCGAUAUCCCAGCUUCACCUCCUCGGGGUCCUGCUCCAGCAUGUCAGACCCAGGCUGCAACACCGGUGGCUGGAACAUAGUGGGAAGAGAAACAGAACACAUAUCUUCUCCUUGGGGAGAGUCUUCACCAGAAGAGCUCCGCUUUGGGAGCCUAACCUACAGUGACCCCCGAGAGCGGGAACGCGACCAGCAUGACAAAAACAAGAGGCUCCUGGACCCCGCCAAUACCCAGCAGUUUGAUGACUUUAAGAAGUGCUACGGAGAGAUCCUCUACCGCUGGGGCCUGAGAGAGAAGCGAGCAGAAGUGCUGAAGUUUGUGUCCUGCCCUCCUGACCCUCACAAAGGGAUCGAGUUCGGCGUGUACUGCAGCCACUGUCGGAGUGAGGUGCGAGGCACGCAGUGUGCCAUCUGCAAAGGCUUCACGUUCCAGUGUGCCAUCUGCCAUGUGGCUGUGCGGGGGUCAUCCAACUUCUGCCUGACCUGUGGGCAUGGUGGCCACACAAGCCACAUGAUGGAAUGGUUCCGGACCCAGGAGGUGUGUCCCACUGGGUGUGGCUGCCACUGCCUGCUGGAGAGUACCUUCUGAACUCAAGGGGGUGGUGGCUCUGUCAGAAAUCCUAUGGGACUCUGUAAACUCUGGAGAAGGCUCUGCUGCUGCUGCUGCUGC